UUUUUCCUUAGGAACAGCUGCCCAGGGAAUUUAAUCUGAUUUUGUGCGUGCGUCCAAGAUCUUUCCGACGACAUUACUUUCCAGGACUAUUUUAUAACAAAACUCAAUGAAGGAGAGAAGAUCUAGCCAGAAGCUAUCACUUAAAUCCGGAAUGGAUCCAAGUCAAAGUGUUAAAUGCAAAAUAGUGGUCGUAGGAGACAGUCAGUGUGGGAAAACCGCUUUACUACAUGUAUUUGCGAAGGACUGUUUUCCAGAGAAUUACGUCCCCACGGUGUUUGAGAAUUACACGGCCAGUUUUGAAAUCGACACGCAAAGGAUUGAACUCAGUCUGUGGGACACCUCAGGAUCACCAUACUAUGACAACGUGAGGCCUCUCUCCUACCCUGAUUCAGACGCAGUCCUUAUCUGCUUCGACAUCAGCCGACCUGAGACCCUGGAUAGUGUGUUAAAGAAGUGGAAAGGAGAGAUCCAGGAGUUCUGUCCUAACACCAAGAUGUUGCUGGUGGGGUGCAAGUCGGACCUGCGGACAGAUCUCACCACGCUGGUGGAGCUGUCCAAUCACAGGCAGACGCCAGUGUCAUAUGACCAGGGUUCAAACAUGGCCAAGCAGAUUAGCGCCCCCUAUAUCGAGUGUUCAGCCCUCCAGUCAGAGAACAGCGUGAGGGACAUCUUCCACGUGGCCACCCUGGCCUGCGUCAACAAGAGCAACAAGCACGUCAAGAGGAACAAGUCCAACCGUGCCACCAAGAGGAUCUCGCACAUGCCCAGUAGGCCCGACCUGUCGGCAGUGGCGUCAGACCUGCGCAAGGACAAAGCCAAGAGUUGCACAGUUAUGUGAAGACCAGGACUCCACCCAAAAUUUCUGUUUUGUUUUAUUUUUUUUUUUUUGAUGCUGGAAGUAGGCAGAGGAGCAUGGAACAAGGUGUGAGGGAGGAGGGAGCCCCCCCUUCUUCUCACCCCGACACACAUGCACGUAUACACAUGCCAAGCAGUGGGAGAGGAUAUGGGUGGGUUGAGCUGCACUUUAAAGCAUCUGCUCCACACAGAGUUGAGGUUCACUGCCUGAACUAAGCUGGAGUGUGUGGUGUCAAGAAAUUAACACAAGAAGUGACUUUAUUUGAAAAGAUUUCAAUAACCUCCCUCUUCCCCACCCUAAGCUUAGUAUAACAUACCUGUGCUUGAAGGCCUCAAGGCACAUUAAAAUUUAUGUAUCUGAAUUAGUCUUGCUCCCACCCCCCCCUUUCCACACACACACACACACACACACACAACACAAAAGGAAGUUCUGUUCCUGCUUCUGUGGACUCUAUUUACAGCUCCCGGAAAUGUCAUUGCGACGUCAGGAUCUCGGGAGAACGCAGUUCAGGCCACACGCUUCCUCUUUGCAGGAAACGUGCAGGGGAAGGAAGUGAUAUCAGAGCUUUUUUUAAUCCUCCGGUGUUCCUCACAAAACGGGGAGGGGACCCAAAGCAAAAAAAACUGGCUUCACCUCCUUCCCUCCGCUGGUGCUGGGCAGUGGGGGUUUGAAGUGGCUGUGCUUGCAGACUGAAAAAUGACAACUAGACAAUUUCUUGCACUGGCUUCUGGAACUUGUGUCUAUGUCAGGGGGUGUCAGACGAAAAUCUAAAAAUGACAGCAAAUCACUGUGGUUUAAAUAAUGGCUUUUGUUUCCCCCGUCCUUGAAUCGCUGCCACAUGAUGUUUGUCUGACGGGGGGAAAAAGGACUUUUUUUAAAAAUUUUUUUGUCCUGUACCGCUGACUCUGUUGCGCACCGUCCUCCUGGAUCUCAAAGCCUUUUAAGUGUUCUGUUUGUUUUCAUGUCAUCCUUGUGCUGUAUUAACCUCAAAGCAUAUUCUGCCCUCAUGGUUUUUGACCAAAGAGAAGCUUGAGAGUGUGAAAUCCCAGGACCUAUCAAGUGGUCUCAAACUGCAAUUUAAAGCCCUGUUUUUUGUGCUGUGAAUAUCAAGGGAAGACAUAAGGGUGUGAUUGGAGUGUUGGGCAUGUUUUUAUGGAUCCUGACUGGCUGUCAUUAGUGUGGUCACUUGGCCUCAUUGACAGGCCUUCUUAAUUGUAGCCUAAAUCAGCGUUCCAGUCCUGAGGGGUUGUAAUGAUGGUCAGAUAGGGUAUUGGGGACAGACAUUCCCACCAUCUGCAGCAGUGACAUUUGUACACAAGCUUUGCAUGGGAUUAUAGUAUAUGCAUCCCCUCAGCGUUUUUUUUCCCAGCUGGUUAUCAGUGAAGUUUGGACUAAAAGGCCACCAUCGUUCAGUUUCCCAUUGCAAGGAUGUCCGCAGCUAUGCAAUACAUUCAUUUGUCUGUUACCAUCUGGAAACAAAAUCUAAAAUGAUGCAUAUUUUUAGUUUUUUUGUUGUUGUUGUUGAAGGACAUAGUACAACCUGGGUUUCAUAAGUUAAGGUUUUUUGUGUGUGAGGGAGGGAGUGUAAGGUGUUAAGCCAGCAGGCUGACAUUCAUUUGAGAGGGCUUCAUCAUUUGGGCUGGAAACUAAAUGCUAUUCUACAUGUGACAAUAUGUUACUCUCUUGUUGCACUUUGUUCUGAUUAGUCUACGCAAAAGGUAUGAUUUUCCAAUGUGUACUGAAUCUCUAUAACUGGAGAUACUUCUGAAGUGCUUUCAGAGUGGUGCAUUGUGUUCCACAAGGGCAGUAUUAUCAGCUAGCCAGCAUAUGCUUUCUGUAUAUAAUUUUUAAAUUAAAUUAUGAAGUCCUUUUCUGUAGAACAU